AUGCUGCAGAAGGAGCUUCCGCGGUGCGCGUGCGGCGACCGGAGCGCCGCGCCGCCGGCCUUCUCGCUGCUGUUCCCCAAGCCCAUGGGGCUGCCGGCGGAGCAGUGGUACUGCUACCACGAGGAGGGCGGCGCGUCGCCGUACGGCGCAGCCAGCACCCCGAUCGACUGCACGCUGUCGCUCGGCACGCCGUCCACGCGCCGGGCCGAAUCAGCCGGCGUCGGCGUCGCCGCCGCCUUGAUGGAGGAGCCCCGCCAAGGCUCUCCGCCCCGGCGGUGUGUCCAUGUUUGCGUGUCGACACGAUCCCACAUUUUUUUUUCUGUCCUCUCUUUUCGCGUGGCACACAGACCGUUCGUCCUGCUGUCUGUCAUGCCAGUACGCCAUGCAUCGCGUGUGCAUCGCGGCGGCGAUGGUCUCACACGUUCCUUCCACUGCUCGCUUCUGUUGCAGUCGCUGUGCAACGCCUGCGGGAUCCGGUACAAGAAGGAGGAGCGCCGGCGACGUACGAGUGCGGCGGGUACGCUCGACCGCCGCGCGCCGCCGCAGCAGCAGUGGGGAUGCUACGGCCCGGGCGCGGGGAAGUCGGCGGCGUCCUACGGGAUGUACGAUGGCGACGUCGGCGUCGUGGCCGUGGACGGGCCCUGCCUGUCGUGGAUGCUCGAAGUCGUACCCUCCUCGCCGGCGUUCGCCGCCCGGGAGAGGCGCACUCUGUCCCCGUACUACUAGCAGCACUAGGCUACUGACAAGGGAGAUUAGUCUAGUAGCAGUGAUUUUGUUACUACUGCUUACAGUAUGUUUAUUAUAAUUAGCAAUCCGUUCAUCAAUGAGA